GCCGCGCCUCAAGGGGCGCUCUCCAUCGUGUGGAGACACCGGCCGUGCCGCCGCAGCAACGCCGCCUCGCGGCUGCUCCUCUGCCCUGCGGUGCCAAGAUGGCAUGGCUGAGCCCAGGAAAUAGCGGCUCGUGCAGGCGGCCUGCGUUGUGUACAGAGCAAUGUUGAUGCCGGCCGUGGCGCUCCGCUCAGCACGGCAGGAGCGGUGCGGACGGCGGGCGGCGACAUCUGCCCCCGCCUCCGCCGUGUGCCGCCGCUCAUCAAGCAAAGAUUGCCCACCCUCCGGCCCGGCGAUCGGUGCCCCGCUUCUCGCAUCGCAGGCGGUGGGGUACAUAUAAGCUGCUGUGUGUGGAGUUGGCGCUUCUCUUCCUCCUCCCAUCUCCCCGAGCCGCUCGCCCACGUAUCCACCGACGCCGACCCACGCACCUCAAACGCCAUGACCGACCUCCAGGCGCAGACCUCGCACUCGCCCUCGCACGGCGAGAAGACGCUGGCCUCCGGCGAGCACUCGCAGCUGCAGGGCGGUGCGCCGCUGGCCAGCGGGCCCAGCGUCGUCGACGGCCGCCGCUACCCUCGUGGCGGCGACUACGAAGCGCAGUACCUUGACACCAAGGAGCUGCCCAACUUCCAGGCGCUCUCGCGCAUCGGCAACCCCACGGCGCUCGGCAUCGUCUCGUUCUGCGUGCCGCUCACCAUUGCGUCGAUGGCGCUCAUGCGCUUCGGCACCCUCGAGCUGACCGCCACCUGGGCGGCCGUGGGUCCGUACACGUUCAUCGGCGGCAUGGGCAUGCUUCUCGCUGCUAUCUUCGAGAUCAUCGCGGGCAACAGCUUCGCCUUUGUGGUCUUCGCCUCUUUCUCCGGCUACUGGUUCUCGCUCAGCAGCGUCUUCAACACCAACUUCGGUCUCGCCGCCACGACGACUGCUCAGACUGCGGCGAUCGGCGCCGUCGCUGCCGUGCAGCAGAACCAGACCCUCGGCUUCUGGCAGAUCACCUACGUCAUCAUCGACACCGUCUUCCUCAUCUGCUCGCUGCGCACGAACCUGGUGUUCAUCAUCAUCUUUGCGGCGCUGUGGCCGACGUUCGUGUGCCUGGCGGUGAUGCUGACCAACGACGGCCUCACGCUCACGCAAGUCGAGCACUGGAGCAAGGCUGCGGGCGCCUUCGGCUUCAUCGCCAGCAUCACGGGCUGGUACCUCUUCCUCGCGCUCAUGGUCGGCGACAGCGGCCACGCGUUCAAGAUCCCCGUGGGCGACCUCAGCUCGUUCUGGACCGGUCGCGACGACAAGCGGGCCAGCAAGAGCCGCACCGACUAGCCACAUCGCCCACGAGCCCUCCAAAUCUGUCUACUUACGACCCUUUACCCCUCGACCCCUCCCAAGCA